UGCGCCUUCCCUGCGGCAGCUGCGCGCGCUCCGUGGCCCGAGAGCCGGAGCAGGACUCGGCGUGUCCCUGGCGGGCGAGAGUCUUCCUCGGCAUGGGCGGGCAGUGCUGCUGCUUAUCCUCGGAGGAGAAAGCGAACAGGAUGCUGAGCUUGGAGAUUGAGCGCCGGCUGCGCCAGGACAAGCGAGACUCGCGCAAGGAGCUCAAGCUGCUGCUGCUGGGUACAGGAGAAAGCGGAAAGAGUACAUUUAUUAAGCAGAUGAGGAUUAUUCACGGAUCAGGCUAUACGGAAGAAGACCGGAAAGGCUUCACAAAAUUGAUUUAUCAAAACAUAUUUUCCGCUAUGCAAACUAUGAUCAGAGCUAUGGAUACUUUACAAAUUCCAUACUCAUCUGAGCAUAAUAAGGAGGCUGGCCAGAUGAUUGAAGAGCUGAAUGUAGACUCAGUAACAACACUGGAGAGAGAACUUGUGGAAGCCGUUAAGAGGCUGUGGGAGGAUCCAGGAAUCCAAGCAUGCUAUGAUAGGCGAAGAGAAUACCAGUUGUCGGACUCGGCUAAAUAUUACCUUUCAGACUUUGACCGUAUUGCUGCACCAUCAUUUGUGCCAAACGAGCAAGAUAUUCUCAGAGUGAGAGUGCCAACCACUGGAAUUAUUGAAUAUCCUUUUGAGUUGCAAAAUGUUACUUUUAGAAUGGUAGAUGUUGGUGGACAGAGAUCAGAAAGAAGGAAAUGGAUACACUGCUUUGAAAGUGUUACCUCAAUAAUAUUCUUGGUUGCUCUUAGUGAAUAUGAUCAAGUCUUGGCAGAAUCCAGCAAUGAGAAUCGGUUGGAAGAAAGCAAGGCUCUAUUUCAAACAAUAAUCACAUACCCUUGGUUUCUGAACUCCUCAGUCAUCUUGUUCUUAAAUAAAAAAGACCUUUUAGAAGAGAAGAUUAUGCAUUCCCAUUUAAGCACCUAUUUUCCAGAGUUCACAGGACCAAAGCAAGAUGUUAAAGCUGCCAGAGAGUUCAUUCUCAAGUUAUACCAGGAUCAGAAUACAGAUAAAGAGAAAGUGAUUUAUUCCCAUUUUACAUGUGCUACAGACACAGAAAACAUUAGAUUUGUCUUUGCUGCUGUCAGAGACACAAUACUACAGCUGAAUCUAAAGGAGUUCAAUCUGGCAUAAACCACAGGGACUCAGCAUUGUAUUUAAACUCCAUGUAUGUAUUUGCAGCAAUUGUUUGUGUUCCUGUUGACCAUAAAAUAUUUACUUAACAAAAAUGGAAAUUUAGACAUGAUACUUACAGAUUUUUAAUGUAUACACUUUCAAAAUGUUUUUUUCCCCAGUUUUUGAUUUGAGGUGCAUAAUUUUAGUUUUGAGGUGAUUAAAGAAAAAAUAUCUGCCGUUUAUUUAUAGAUGCUCCCUGCACCCGCUAAUUUAAUUCAUUUGAUAAUCUUUUAGCCAGAGAUGUCUUAGUUACAGAAGAUUGGAUACUAUAUUGUCAUUUGACUAAGGUACAUUACUAUGCUGAAUGAAAAAUAGCCUAUAUUUAUAUAAUUCUUUAGGUUUUUAAAGCCUCUUUGAAGGACAUGGCAUACAUCUUAUUUUCCUUGAAACACGGCAGCUUGUUGUGCAAUUUUUGAUUCAUAAGUAAAAUGCUAGCUGCCAAUAUGUUUAAUAUUUGUUGUUUUCUAUAUACUUUGGGGCAAAGUUAUUUAAAAAAUAAAUAAAAACAAGCUCCCUUCCGCCCUUUGCUGGAGCCUAUAAAAAGUAACUGCUUCUGUGACUGGAGAAGGGAAGGGGGUGCACUUGUCUCAACUCCAAAAUGUAUCAAGGCACCCCUGAAUGGCAUCUAUCAUUCAACAGUUCCAUUGGGGGAACCAUACCUUUUGGUGGCCAUUUUUGGCAAAGGCAGUAGUGAGUGUUCAUUUCCCAUUUUAUUUGCUUUUCCUUUGUUUUAUAUUUAAUAAAUAAAUAUAGUUAAGACCUCCCACUUGUUUGCCAUCAUUUACACUAUUGCUAUGUCACCCCUUCAUAUGAAGUAAUGCAGCAUAAACUGUUUGAAGAAAGAUAACAUGUUGAAUACCAUGUUUGACACAGUGGUAAUUCAAUUAGCAUCUCUUCACUGUGUGAACAUUCCUAAAAUUUAAAAAUGACGUGAACCAACUCAGUAUUUGGGACAGCACAUGUAUGUGUUUUUCUCUACAGGUCUAGCAGACACAGGGAUAGAAAUCUAAUAAGCACAAACAAAAAUAAUGUGUAAGCAGCCUAGGAGGCAUCGCACUCUUUAUUGUACACAUUUAGAAGGCGUGAUCUGUAUGGUUGGUCUGCAGCUUAAGGCCACAACUCAAAGUGUCAAUGCUCAAGUAUGAUAUGAGUGUCAGUUAAACCAAUGAAUCUGGAAAGAGUUUGUUCAUGUUCUUGAGACACAACACAAGUUAUAUUUUGGCAUAUCCAGUAACCAUUAAUUCAAUAUACAUUUUGUAUAGCAAGAAAUAAAAUGUUAUGGGGAAGACUGCAAUGUAUUCCUUUAAGCACCUCAGGUGGUUACAUAAUGGAGCAAGCAAGACUUUUAUAUAAAUACAUACAAUUACAUUUGGCAUGCCAUUUACUUUAUUUAGCUUUUACAACAAAGCUACAGUUUGAGGAGUUUAAGUACCACCAGCAAAUUCAGGAGGGCCAAUCUCUUUCACCUCAAUCCUCCAAACAAGAGUUUGGAAAGAAUAUUCUGGAGCAGACAUUUACUACAUGCAUCAAACAAGUCAAAUCUGGAUUAGGCAAUACACUUACAUACAUUUGCAUUCUUUUCCCUUUUAUGAUGUGAUUUCUUCAUCUACAUGUGCAUUUAUAGGCAUUAUUGUAUAGCCUAGCAAAAUCAAAUUAAAAGAAAUGUGUAUGCAACCCUCCA